AUGCUACAAGGAUUAACAACAAACCUUCAAAAAUGGGAAGACACCGGGUUCAUGGGAAGAUCCAACUGCCGCGAAAUUCAAGCCACAGUAGCAAGGCUGAGAAGACGGAAAGUAACCACGACUCUACACUGGGUCAAAGGCCAUGCCGGACUAGAAGGAAACGAAAAGGCAGACAGCCUUGCUAUGGAAGGACGACUGAAAGAAGAGGCAGAUGAGAUAGACCUCGAAAUAGACCCUGACAUACGAAUAUCAGGCGCAAAACUGAAAUGCAUCUCACAAUCACUUGCACAAAAGUUUAUACGUCAAAAAAAAAUGAAAACAAAAGCAUACCAAAAUGCACUAAACCGCAGAGCAACCGCCUGUGGAAUAGGACGAGCCAAAGCCUGUGCAAAAGAAACCUUUGGCUUCACUCCAACAACCGAAGCGAUAUGGAAAUCCACGAGGCACAAAGAUCUCGGGAAAAAAAUCCGCGCCUUCCUAUGGAUGCUUCUGCACUCCGGGUACAAAAUCGGCGAAUAUUGGGAAAAAAUACCUGGCUUCGAAAGCAGGGCAACAUGCACCCACUGUAACACAAGUGAAUCAAUGGAACACAUUUUAAUAGACUGUCAAGCACCCGGCCAGAAAGAAGUAUGGGAACUCACCAAAAGACUAUGGGAAAAAACUGGAGUAACCUGGAAGGGAAUCGAAUUUGGGAAUAUCCUCAGCUGCGGCCUAGCCGAUUUCAAGGACGCCAAGGGCAAACGAAAACCCGAAGUGUCGAGACUCUUCAGAAUCCUCAUUUCAGAAUCCUCCUACCUAAUAUGGAAACUGAGAUGCGAAAGAGUAAUAGGCGGAAAGAACAUCACCAAAGCACAAAUAACAAACCAAUGGACCUGGACAGUCGAGAGCAGACUCAACCUAGACUGCCUACUUACCUCAAAGAAAUUCUCCACUGGGAAGAUAUCGAAGGAGAUGAUCAAAAAAACAUGGGGCAAGCUGGUCAUGAACAAAGACCAAUUCUUCGAAACACUCGAAGAUACCGGGGUUUUAGUGAGUAUACGUAUCAACACAGGGAUUGGAUAA